CUGACUGGUCUGUGUCCUGCAUCAUUGAAGUGUGGCCACACGCACAGCCAUGUGUCAUGUCUCUGGUCAAAUGUUGGUGUAUUGGCAACCUUGGUGCUUUGGGCUUCUGCGGCGGCUGUGUGCCACACGGCGAGUGCCAGACGUGGUGGAAAUCAAUUUCUAUUUCCACGCCCAUCAACAUCUGUCGAAUUGACCGCACUGUGCCGUCAUGGUUCCUCCUCAGUGCCCAGGUUCUCUGAAGCCUCUGGACUCCAGUCUCCCGCUUUGGGUCGACCCACCUGAGGGUCCUGCCCGGGCCGGCGUUUGGACCACGUGUCCAGAACCACUGGCCAGUAUCAGCCGUUCACACGGGGCGUGUGAGUGAGCGGCUUCCAUGUCAGAAUGUGAGGAUCGGGGUGUUUCCCAGCUGCAGUGUUUCAGAGCGAUGCUCUUCUCAUGGAAGAUAGUUUGGUGCGGACAGCACUGGCUCAGCUGGAGGACAUUUGUGCCACGAACCAGGGGGCGUCGAACUGGGCCGCAGGAUCACUUGGCCAAGAGCUCACAACUUCACAUCUCGAUGUCGCCAGUCAUCUGGAUAUCGAGGCGACAUCUGAAUAUAAUGGGUGGAGAGGCGUUGUCCAGGAAGGAGGCAGCAGUGUGUCAGCGCUCCGUCACCUGCACAUGAGCUCCUCUCUCAAGCUCCACCUGAUUCAUCUGGUCAUUUCAGACUCUCAGAGGAAACCGCGUGUCGAGUGGCCCAGUCUCUCACACACACACACACAUUUGUCUUCCUGUCUUAGUGAGGAUUGUCAUUGACAUCUCCCUUCCCCCAGCCUCUCCCCUGAACCUCUUCUUCUUUUUCUUCAUCUUCAUCUUCUUCUUUCUCUGAGGGCUUCUUCCUUCAGUGGUGGCCACAGUGGAUCAUCCUCCUCCAUCUCCCCCUGUCCUCUGCUUCCUCUCCUCUCAAACCUCCAAACCUCAUGUCCUCCUUCACCACCUCCAUCAACCUCCUCUGUGGCCUUCCUCUCCACCUGCUGCCUGGCAGUUCCAACAUCUCAACAUCUUCAUCUACCAAUGUACUGGCUCUCUCUCUCUCUCUCCUCUGUACAUGUCCAAACCAUCUCCAUCCAGCCUCUCUGACUUGGUCUCCUGAAGACCUGAGCACAUGUGCUGUCCCUCUGAUCCUCUCAUCAUCCUGCACUCACUCCCAGAGAGAAGCUCAGCAUCUUCAUCUCUGCUCCCUCCAGCUCUGCCUCCUGUCUUCUCCUCAGUGUUUCCAAACCAUACAACGUUGCUGGCCUCACCACCCUUUUGGACCCUUUCCCUCUCAUCCUUGCCAACACCUUUUGUCACACGUCACACCUGACACUUUUCUCCAAUUCCAUCCUGCCUGCAGCCGCUUCUUCCCCUCUUCCUCACACUCUCCAUGGCCCUGGACAGUUGAGCCUCAGUACUUCAAACCCUCCACCUUCUUUAUCUCUGCGUCCUGUAGCUUCACCUGUCCACUUGGCUCCCUCUCAUCCACACACAUGGAUUCUGUCUUACUGCAGCUGACCUUCAUUCCUCUCCUUUCUGAGGCAAACCUUCACCUCUCCAGCUGAUCUGACCUGCUCUCACCACAGAUCACAGUGUCAUCUGCAAACAUCAUGGUCCAAGGGGCUUCUUGUCUGGCCUCAACUGUCAACCUGUCCGUCACCACGGCAACAGGAAGGGUCUCAGAGCGGAGCCUUGGUGCAGUCCCACCUCCACCUUGAGCUCCUGUGUUCCACCUGCAGCACCACUGCCACACACUGCUCUCUCCCCCUGAACCUGAGCUGUGUCAUAUUGGUAUUUUUAUGGCAAUACUUGAUUGUGUGGUGUGACAUGGUCUUAUAUCCAUAUUUAAUACAUCGACACCUGGCCAUGCUGCUGCAGUUGUGACGUGUUUAGCACCAUUUUCUUUUGCGAUUUGUCAGACUCUAAUUGAAAGUAACUGGACGGACAUCGUCACAAUAAACUGGUUUUCAUGGCCGUGAUACUGCAUUAUCUGAUGCUGGUGCUCCAGUGCUCAGCUGCGGAAGACUUGACGUCAAAAUGAACUUUUUUGAUCUUGCGUGUCGCGAUUUGAGAUGCGAUGAGGAGGCGCGACUACUGGCUUAUCCCAAAGGUGGUGGAACCCCACAGGACGAGGAGUGACCUGACAGCUGAACGGAGAUCAGUUGAGGCCUGUGAGGUGCGAUGACGGACGCACGGCGCCCGCUGUCUCUGGGCGACUGCGCGUGUCCAGUUUGUCUGGAAAUCUUUCUAGAGCCUGUGACGCUGCCCUGCACACACACCUUCUGCAAGAGCUGCUUCCUGGAGUCCCUGGACAAGUCCACCUUGUGCUGCCCGAUGUGUCGCAAACGCAUGUCCACGUGGGUUCGACACAACAGCCGCAACCAUUCUCUGGUCAACCAGCAGCUGUGGGAGCAGAUCCAGGCAGAGUUCCCCGACCAGUGCCGGCGUCGCCUGAGCGGACAGGACACGCUCCCCCUGGACCACCUGGCAGCUUCCUUCCCCAGAGUGAGCGAGCCUGGGGCAGUGAGACAGGAGUACCAGGAGGAGGUCAGCAGGCUGAGGGAGGAGCAGCGGCAGCUGGAGGAGCGGCAGCGCGAGGCCAGCGAGGCCUACAUCUGUCAGCUGCUGCAGGAGGAGGAGCAGCACCUGCAGGAGGAGCGGCGGCGGCGGCAGGCGGACGAGCAGCUGGCGCGGCUGCUCAGUCAUCAGCUGAACUCAGCGGAGAGGAAGACGCCGCUGGGCAGUGGGCAGAUGGACAGGUUUCUGUGUCCCGCCCCGGCCAGACCUGCCGGCUCCGCCCCCAAGUCUUCCUCCCACAAGGAGAACCGUCUGCUCUCGGGCCCGGAGCCUGUCCAAGCUGCCUUCGCUCACACGCAGCGGCCCCUGCUGGACCGAAACCACGGGCUCCAGCCUGGAGAAGGGGGCAAGAGGAAGCUCUGCGAGGAGGGGGCGGAGCCUGGCGCCAAGCGCAGCCUCCAGUCGGGACACGUUCCCUCCCUCCCCGAGGUCUUGGCGGAGCAGGAGGCGGCACUGCUGAGCCGGCGGCAGCAGGAGGAGGAGGACCGGCGGGUGGCGCUGCUGCUGCAGGAGGAGCUGGACAAGGAGCGCCGCGGGCCCGACCGGAGGAAAGGAUCGGUGGGCGCCUACCAGCUCAGACGGCCGGCUGCAGGCCCCGCCGCACCCCCGUCCAGCGGCAGGGGAGCACGACAGACCACGCUGACUCACCUGUUCCCUCACCUGAGCAGCUGAGCUCCCACACUUCUGUCCACAGCCUCACUUAGUUACAAAGAGCUGCAAACCAAUAAAUAAAGUGGUUUAUUUUUUAGAGCUGCGAGCCGCUUCCUGCUCACGGCGAGCGGCUCCCGGUCCCAGAAGCAGACCCGUCAGUGU